AUGCAGUAUGCCUUCGGCUGUGCAGGUUUAAGUUGCUGCCUCUGUCCUCAUAGUCCACUCGCUGCUGAGGAGCUGGUAGCAUGCGUGAGGGCGAUGGGGUAUUGGACUCCUCAUAAUAUGAACUGGGCUGGACUACUACAGAAUCUGCUGAUUGUGAUCCAUCUGCAGCAGAGCAUAUGUGGUUCUGUCCGGUUUUCUGUCCCAGAGGAACAGGGGCCUGGUGUCCUAGCAGGGUCACUAAGUGAACACUUUUCACCUCCGUACCAGCUCCUGACCCAGAAGUAUCUGUGGAUGGACAACAACACAGGGAAUUUCUACACCACUGAUCAAAAGAUGGAUCGCGAGGCUCUCUGCCGCGAGGAGACAAAAGACGAGGAAUGCAUCAUUUUACACAAUGCUGUCGUGGGUCCCUCGGGAGACCUUAUACAGUUCCCUGUGAUCAUAGAGGACAUCAAUGACAAUGCGCCUCAUUUUGAAAGCAGUGAAAUACACCUGAAGAUAUCCGAGGAUGUGACUGUGGGGAUCAGUUUCUUAUUGGAUGACAAUGCUCAAGACAGGGAUGCCAGAUAUAACGGCAAGCUGCAAUACCAGCUAAAAGAUUUUGAUGGAGUUUUCAGUUUAAACGUGGAAGAAAACAGCUCUGUCAUCAUGCUGGUUGUGCAAACAGCUCUGGAUAGGGAGACUCGGGACCUGUAUCAGAUGGUGCUGGUGGCCACCGACUGUGGCUCAGGCCCUUUAAGUGCUACAGCAACUUUAAUAGUCACAGUGACAGAUGUUAAUGACAACUGUCCAAGCUUUAGCUCCGACAGCGUCCGCAGCGUCACCAUCCCCGGAGACUCCCCGAAGAACAUGCUGGUUGUUCAGGUCAGAGCCACAGACCCAGAUUCAGGCCUAAAUGCUGCCAUCAUAUACUCCCUGAGUCCCAAAGUCUCAGAGCGGGCCAAGAAGCUCUUUAGCCUCGACAGCCUCACUGGGUCCAUCACACUAACACAGGACCUCCAGAGUGACAACUCCGAGGAACUGCUGUUGAAAGUCUUAGCUAGGGGCCAUCACUGCCCCCCAGCAGACACUCAGGUAACCGUAUCUGUGCUCCCCAAGGUGAACCAAGAGCUGGCGAUCAAGAUCGGGUUCAUAGCGGAGCAUCAAAACCAGACUAUGGUGUUACCAGAGAACCAGCCCCCCACCGUCUUAGCUGUUUUAGAGCUUGAGGGUGACAGCGGCUUUAAAGGCUCAUCUCUUGCCAUUGAAAAUGAGGUGCCUUUUACUUUGAGCCCACAAAAUGGCAAAUAUCUGCUUUCUACAUCAAAGCCUCUAGACUAUGAGCUGAAAAGUGAACAUCAUAUUUCUGUGGUAGUGCAUGGGAGAUCAGCUGAAGGAUCUGUGAUCUCUCCUUCCGGGCGUGUGAUCAGGGUGUUGGUGGCAGAUGUCAAUGAUAAUGCUCCACAUUUCCUCCAGUCUCACUACCAGCUGGAGGUGGAGGAAAACAACCAGCCGGGGAUGUCACUGCUGCAGCUCUCGGCAUCAGACGCAGACAGUGGAUACAACGGCAGGGUGACCUAUAGGCUGGACAAACACACAUCUACCAUCUUUCACAUUGACCCUGUGACAGGUCAACUGUCUGUGUCAGCCGUUCUGGAUAGGGAACAGCAGGGUGUACAUGAACUCUCCGUGUUUGCACAAGAUAGCGGCUCUCCUCCCUUGGAGUCAGUGGCCACAGUAUCCAUUUGUGUUCUGGACCAGAAUGACAAUGCACCUGUUUUCGUAACACCUCACUUCAUCUUUUUCAUCCCAGAGAACAUACCGCCAUUCGCCCAGGUGGGGAGGGUUGGGGUGACAGACCUAGACAAAGUAAAGAAUGGGUACCUUGAGUUGCAUGUUGUAAGCAGCAGUGGACCAUUUGUUUUGGAUAACACCCUGGAGACACUGCGCACCACCACCAACAUGGACCGCGAGAAGGACGACCGCUAUGAACUCUACCUGCUGGCCAGCGAUCAUGGGCACCCGGUCGCUUUGACUUCCACUGCCAGGGUAACUAUCUUUGUGGAGGAUAUCAAUGACAACCAGCCAAAAGUGAUCUUUCCCAGCAGCAACUCCUCUUGUCAGACUGUCUCUCCAGCAACCAUUACAGGCACCAUUGUAACAAAGAUCCUUGCUGUCGACGAGGACUCAGGGCUGAAUUCGGAGAUUACUUACACUGUUGUGGCGCCAGACCCAGGACAAAACAGCAGCCCCUUCCGGGUGGAUUCAAGGUCGGGGAACAUCACCGUAGCUCAGCAACUUCUACGCAAAGACCUGGGAAUGCAUCACCUCUUCAUUGUGGUCAGAGAUGGGGGGAAACCAGCACUUUAUACCACUGUCUGGGUUAAUCUGUUGGUCAAUGAGAGCAUGGGGCCCUGCUAUUUGGAGAGGGCGCCUACCUGGUCAAGGACAUCUGACCCCUCAAAGGCCCCCAUCUGUGAGGCAGAGGACACCAGAUCUGCUCAGCUGACACUGCUAGUAGGCCUUGGUAUGAUGCUGGUGUCCACAUGUUGGCUUGUGGCGACGGCUGUUUUAUACCUGAAGCAAAAGAGAGCAAGUCUACAACAGAACAAGAGGGGGCACAUUGAGGAGAAUGAGAUUCCACUCAGGCUCAAAGACAAAUAUUACUGACGACUAACAGAAUGAAGCAAGCAAUGUGUGUAAUCCUCACUCGCACUUU